CAUUGGCUAAUUCUUCUGGCUACCACUAGCGUUACGCCGAGGGACAUUCCCAAUAAAGCUUAAGAAAGCGACGCUACUGCCACCUUCUGGUUUGGACUAUUUUAACAAGGCUGACGGACGGUGAUCUGCCGUCUGGAAGGAAAAAAAGUUUGACUACCAACACUGUUCAGAAACAUUCGAUGUACCGGUGAACGUCAAACGUACCGGUGUGUCUGAGCCUUUAGCUGAUACGUAAAAUACCUAUGGAGGCGUUGUAAGAUCUGGCAGGCGUCAGCAACGCCUGGGCAGAGGAACGCGCCCAAAAUCUGCGCAGGAUGACUGCACUUAUUUUGGAACGCGCCCAAUACCUUACCACGACGCUACGUGUACGUUCAAGGGGGAGGGGCACGUAAACAGAAUUCUAAACAAAGGAGAGCGAAUCAGUUUUUAUUUCAACAUCUUUGUAGAGAGUCGAAAGUUUGGAGUCAUGCCUAUACGUCGUGCAGCUAGGACACCACCCCAGGAGAUGCCCCCCUCGGCUGCACCAGAGGGAGAGCCUGAUGCCAGUUCUGAGGAGUCUGCCUCUGUUGAGGAGGAGCAGGAGAUGGCAUCCGCUGCCCUAGUAGCCAAGGAGGGGGAGGGCACAGGUGAAGGAGAGACCAAAGAGAAUGGUGAGAAACCUGAGGGAGAGAAAGGUGAUGAAUCGACUGGAGAGAAGACUGCUGAGGGGGAAGAGUCUGAGAAGAAAGAAGAGAAGGAUGGCGUGAAAGAGAAAGUGAAGAAGCCAGUGAAAAGGGCCAUUCCCGCCUGGGCAACCAUGUCUGCCAGCAAACGUGCAACUCUCACUAAUAAGAGCACCUCCACCAUGCAGCUGCCUAAGAUGGACGACAUCCUCAUCGAGGCCAUUGAGUCCUGCAAGGAGAAGACUGGGGCCUCAGCCCAUUCUGUCAUGAAGUACAUUGUGAAGAAAUACCCUAACCUAGAGAAGAGGAAAUUCCUCCUUAAGAAGGCUCUCAAGAGGCAGCUGGAGAAGGGCACCGUCAAACAGCUAAAAGGUAAAGGCCUUUCUGGGAGCUUUACCAUUGGGAAGCAGUCCUCUAAUAAACCAACUGCUAAAGGGAAGCCGAUCGUCGUGGCACCUGGGUUGAAGGCAGAGACCCUUGGGGAUGCUCUGCCCCUGAUCAUCACACGGCUAUGUGAGCCCAAAGAGGCGUCUUAUAUCCUGAUCAAGAAAUAUGUGGAGCAGCACUUCCCUCAACUCAACGUGGAGCAUAGGCCAGAUAUCCUAAAGAGUGCCCUGGUGAGAGCUGUGGACAAGGGUCACCUGGAGCAGAUCACUGGAAAAGGAGCCUCUGGAACAUUUCAGCUGAAGCGGGAAGGGGGCAAGUUCCUGCUUAAAGGCGGGCCCCUGGAGGACGCUAUCAUGACAUCCAUUGUGGCAAUGAACGAACCCAAGACUUGCAGCACCACCACACUCCGCAAAUUCCUGUUAGAGACAAACCAGGACAGCAUGGAGUACCGUGUGGUGAACAACCUGAAGAGGACCCUGCAGAAGUGCAAAAUGAUGGGCUGGAUGGAUCAGAUCACUGGGAAUGGGCUAAACGGAACCUACCAGCUCUGCUACCCUUACUACCCCAGCCCAGCCAUUCUGUUCCCUGAAAAACAGAACGUGAAGGAGCAGAAAGUGGCGGAGAAGGACAAACGCAGAAAGAGGGUUGACUUGUCUGAUGAGGACUCUGAUGAGGAGGAAGAGGACUCGUCCGAGGAAGAGGACUCAGAUGAUGAACCCCCUCCUAAGAGGAAAGCUGGGAAGAGGCCACCACCUAAAGCGCGUCGUCCCCCCCCCAGCAAGAAGUCUCGGCCGGCAAGUCAGUCAAGGGCUAAGGGCAAAAAAAGAGCUGCCCCAGCAAAGAGGUCUGCGCCCCCAGCAAAGAGGUCUGCGCCCCCAGCAAAGAGGUCUGCGCCCCCAGCAAAGAGGUCUGCGCCCCCAGCAAAGAGGUCUGCGCCCCCACCAGUCAAGGUAUCCCCACCAGUCAAGGCACCCCCACCAGUCAAGAAAGCUGCACCUGCGAGCAAGCCCAAAACGCCCAUCAUCAAAAAGCUGAUGAGCAAGGCAUCUAAGCGGCCAACGCCCAAAAAGUCACCUCCUGCAAAGAAGGCAGCAGCCAAUUCUGCAGUGAAGGCCAAGCCAGCAGCUCGCAAGUCCCUGAGGGGGAAGAAGUGAGUUUCCUAUUGCCCAGCAGUGGAAGUUUAACUGUAGCUCUGAAGACAGUGGUGCUCUGCCUCUCUCCAUGCUCUCUUUCGCAUCAUUGUUUUCCUCCAGUUUGGGGCUAUAGAAUUAUUUUCUCUGUAGGAUUGGGAUGUGGCAGUUAUUAGUUCAUGUCAAUUUACUGUACUUGGGAACUGUUCUAUUUCUGUGAACCCAAGUUUUAAUCUCCAUUGUGUAGAAUGGCCUCUUAAAAUAUGUAAAACUGCCUAGGUAAAGAAUUGUGAAAUUUCCAUCACACUUAAUUUUGAUAAUGUAUAGGCAGAGAUCCAGAAUCAGUGACUUUUGCAUUUUGUCCCAGUCCACUCUACCAUGUUUUACCUGGACACAUUCCUUUUAUCAAAUCAUUUGUUUAGCAUUUUGGAAACUUUCUUCCUCUACAACAUUUUUGAUUUCUCUACAUUUAAUCUGGAGUGAACUCAUCUUAAAGGAUAUUGAGAUUUGUGUUAAGUGAAUUUGAGAGCAUAAUGACAGCCAACUUUUCAUGUAAUGAAUUAUUGUUUAUUACGAAUUCUGUUAUUUAAAUGAUCGUAUGAGUGAAACAUAUCCAUCGCUGGGCCUGUGGUUAAAAUAGUUAAUAUGAUUGGAGACUAACUGAUCAGGAAGCACUGUUUGUCAUUGUGAUUUUCAGUACUACUGCAUAGUAUUAGGGGAUUUUUUUUGUGUGUGUAAACAAACAAGCUAAUCAAAGUGAAUUGGUUGUGUCCUAUAAAGCGAAAAGAAAACAGACCAAUACAAUCUUCUACAUUCUGUGUAAUAGUGAAAGAUUGUGAAUAACACACUUUGUUUUGAAGGAGCGUAGCUCAUACCCUGCAUGCAUGCGUGUACUCUUUAUUGUAUGCUUUUUCCCAAGUCAUUAUUAAAAUGGCUAUAUUUGUACUUCCUUCAUUCUGUCAUGGUCUCAAGGGAGACAAACACGAAAUAGUGUGUCUGCUGGUGGAGCUGAAGUAUAUAUUUUAAAUACUACACAAUACAAAUCCAUAAUGUCAAUUUGGUUCACUCAUGAAUAAAGUGCUGGAUAGUUUGAG